AUGGGAUCCUCUCAGAGUUCUAAAACACACAUGAGAUCUCCGCCGAUGGAGCUGGAGAAGAUGAGGCUUGUCAAUGGUAGCAUCAAGGAAGGCGUGGCGAGGAACCCGAGCUCGCGGGGAAGAGCGGGGCUCGAGGAAGCGACAAGGGCCCGGCCUGGGCCAGGGCCCGAGGCGAGGAGGAAUGCUAGCAAAAGCAGCAGCAGUGUUGAUGGAGAUAGAAGGAAGAAGGGUGGUGAAGAAGAUGAUGAGAUGGUGGAUGGAUGGCCAAAGUGGCUUGUUGAUAAUAUUCCCACUGAUGUUUUGAAGAAUAUUGUUCCAAAGAGUGCUGAUUCUUACAUCAAGAUCGACAAGGUAGGGCAAGGAACAUACAGCAACGUAUACAAAGCCCGAGACCGAGACUCCGGGAAGCUAGUCGCCCUAAAGAAGGUCCGUUUCGACACCUCAGAGCCGGAGAGUGUCAAGUUCAUGGCACGGGAGAUCAUGAUCCUCCAAAAGCUCGAUCACCCAAACAUCGUGAAGCUCCAAGGCCUAGCCACCUCAAGGAUGCAAUACAGCAUCUACCUCGUGUUCGAAUACAUGUACUCGGACCUCUCAAGAAUCCUCUCCCGGCCCGACCAAAGGCUCACUGAGCCACAGAUCAAGUGCUACAUGCACCACUUGCUCUCGGCCCUACACCACUGCCACGAACGAGGCGUGUUGCACCGGGACAUCAAGGGCUCGAACUUACUCAUUGAUAGAAAUGGGAUGCUCAAGAUAGCUGAUUUUGGGCUCUCGAAUCUCUUCCAUCCGGAGAGGAAGAGGCCUUUGACUAGCCGAGUUGUGACACUUUGGUAUAGGGCGCCGGAGCUGCUUCUUGGCUCCACGGACUAUGGAGUUGGGAUUGAUCUUUGGAGUGCUGGCUGCCUCAUGGCGGAGAUGUAUGCCGGUCGGGCUAUCAUGCCGGCUAGAACCGAGGUUGAACAGCUGCAUAGGAUAUUCAAGCUGUGUGGGUCACCUAGAGAUGAAUACUACAAAAGGUUUAAUCUCUCUACAGCUCUUAAACCUCCACAGAUGUAUAAGCCCAAUCUUCGCGAAGCUUUCAAGAACUUUCCCCCGGCUGCGGUCGAUCUUCUUGCCAUUCUCCUCUCUCUUGACCCCGGAAGCCGCGGAACUGCGGCUUCUGCUCUUCAGGAUAAGUUCUUCCAAACGAGCCCUUUGGCUUGUGAUGUGUCUGGUUUGCCAGAGAUCCAUGUGGAAGAAGAUGACUACUCCUUAGCUACCGAGAGGAGAAAGCAUAGGAGUUCUAAAAUGAGGCGUAGGAGCCAGUCUCAGAGAAAGAAGGGCUCAGCAGCUGAGAAUUUACCAAGUGGAGCUAAUGAAGGCUUAAAAGAGAGGAGCAAAGAUUCAUCGGUUUCUGUCUUAGAUCCGGGCAGUAGUUCAACCAGCACUUCCUCUACAAGUGUUAGGCUACCGGGGAAGGAAGAGAUUCUUCCUUCCCCGGUAGCUUCGAAAAACAUGAAUAAUAGGCCUCCAAUGCCGGCUGGUAAGGGCCGUGUGACCGACUAUUACAUGAUAGCUGAUGAUGGUCUAAACAGACUGGAUUCUGUCCAAAGGUCUGCAUCAUCUAGAGCAUUUCAGAGUUUGGGAAACAAGCACUUACAAAAGCUGCAUUCUCUUGAUGUUUGAGACCAUAUUAUUGAAGAUUCUUGUUUUUGUUGUAUGUUUUUCUUCUAUGAUAAUCAAUUCUUUGCUUUUUCCUAAGUUUGGAUGUGUCAUAU